GGCACUAAUUACUUGAAUAUGUUUUCUUCAGCUUCUAAGUGAAGAGGUGUUUGAUUUCUCAAGAGGAGAGAUGACUCAAAGUAAGAUAAAGGAGCUUAAAAAAUCAUUGAACAGGUAGAUAAUUUAUGUUUUUUUUUUUAUUUCAUUUUGGGAUGCAUUUCAUGUUUUAUAUUGUAUUGUUUCAUGAGUGCUCUUUUUUUUUCCUUCUGUAGACUUAUCAUUUGCUUAUAAUUAUAUAUAUUAAGGACAGUUCUUUUAGAUAUCCUUUGAUGAGAAGUCAUUAUGCACUUUUUAAGUUAUUUUUAUUCACUAUUAUACACAUAUUUUGAUACAAUGUCUUCCGGGUGAACUGCCACCACAAAGUCAAGUGAUCUGAUCACUUAUCUUGGACUACUGAUAGUCACGUACUGCCAGUUCAUAGUCAUCAUAUAUUUGGCUUUUAUUUUCUAAUUGGCAUGUCACAUGUUACCGUAAUGAUAUGUUUAUGCAUUUUUCCAAUCUCUCACACAUAAUGUGAUUGGUUGUUGCAGUGAAUUUCAACUCAUUCAUGAGCUAUGCUUAUAUGUACUAUCAGCCUCUCAAAGAACUGAGCUUAUACGUGCAACACUCUCCACAUUGCACGCAUUUCUCUCAUGGAUUCCCCUGGGAUAUAUAUUUGAGUCUCCAUUGCUUGAAACGCUGCUGAAUUUUUUCCCCAUGCCAUCGUUUCGGAAUCUCACUCUUCAGUGUUUGACAGAGGUUGCAGCACUUAAUUUUGGAGAUUUCUACAAUGCCCAGUACGUUAAGAUGUACACCAUAUUCAUGAAACUGUUACAGACCAUGAUUCCUCUUAAUACAAACAUUCCUGAGGCUUAUGCAAUUGGUUCCUGCGAAGAGCAGGUAAAGUUGUUUUUGGAGCAGGUUAUUCUACAACAUUUAUGGGUUUGAUAAUUGUUUUGAGUUUCCAAACUCAUGUUAUGCUUAGGCACAGUAUGAUGCCUCCUUUCUCACAUUUUAGUUUUCAUAAAGUACAAUUACUAAGUACCUGUGAUAGUUUAUUUAUAAUGUCUUAUUGAUACAUGAUUUGAAUUUUUACUUGUGCACCGAAGAUUCUUUUUGUUGCACUUGUAAGUUAUUGUUUUGAUGAGCCACAUUGUGCUGAG